CUCUACCUGACUAAACAUGAGCUUAGGUUUCGAUAAAACAUUGUGAGAUUUAUUACUCAUCCUUAAUACACCUUGCUAGUGUUCUUUUCAUGAGAUGACGCCUCAGGCGGUAAACGCUGUCAUUGUGUCGAUUCGUAACUUGUUCUAUGAUUCGGUUUUUAAAUUCGAAAAUUCAAUGUUCCAUGAUUCCGUUUUUAAAUUCGAAAAAUCAAGUAGCUUCUAUCGUCUACCUUGGAGCAUACUUGAAGCUACGGAUUCUCAACGGAUUUGUAUUGAUACUGGUAACUUUGUAGGUAAGUAUUACAUUGUUGUCUCUAGCGAUUGAAUAUAUGAUAUAUAACUAGGCACAUAUUUUAUUCAUAUCUCCCACACUUGGCAGCUGUUUUUACCUCAACCCCCAACAGCAACCGAACAAAUUGAGAGCGGUUUCAGAUACGAAUAUUUUUGUAUGGUACAAUUCAAGUCAUAUUGAUGCGGAAAAGAAGCGAGUUUACUGUGGGUCCGUGGACGCCCGCAAGAAUUUUUCUCAUGGGGGUCGAUCAACCGCCCCAAAACUUUUUGAAGAGCUGUGGGUGCAAAAUUUCCCAGGAACAAAUCUGAAGCAGUACUUUGCUUUUGGGAAACUGAGAGCGGACGAAGGGGAAUACUUACUCAUAGGACCAAGAUCGGCACGGGUAUCACGUAACUUGAAAAGUGACAUUAUGCCGACUUUUUUUGACAUUAUGCUGGUUUUUUGACAUUAUGUAGGUUUUUCUACAAGAUAUUAACUCAGCACUUAGUUGGCUCUGAUGUGAUGUAAAAUCUGAUUCUGAGAUGGCAUUACUUGAGGUCUAAGCUAAGCUGCUUCAUCAUGGAGUAUGGAAAUGAAGAAUGUUAUUCAUCUGAACAACCGAUUAUGCAGCAACAACUCAUUUUCCAGCAAAGCCCUCACCUAGAGCCUUAUCAGGCGUUUAGAGAAAACGAACCGGAAUAUCAAGAGCAGCUUCAGGUGAACAGCACAUGUCUCGAACAACUUGCAUCUAAUCAAAAAGAAAUGGAAAAGCAACAGGAGUCUGUUGAAGAGACUGAAAUUGGAGAAAAAAAUAUGACUGUACAUGGAACUGGCAAGUUAGAAUAUCAAGAUGUGGACGAUGUGCUUAGAGGAGAAAUGAAGAUGUUUUCGAUGGUUGGCGCAAAGCAGUUAGCUAAGUUAACAGUCGUCGAACAAACAUACAAAGACAUAUCAGGAGAAAAUAGCCAUUGCAAAGAAAUCGUAAAUCAACUAAAAGAAAGGGAGAGGCAAUUGAACGAAAUGAUUCAACAAUCGGAAGGCGAAGUUGGAAACAUGUAUCAAACAGUUGAACGUCAGGAGAAAAUCAUUCAGCAACUUAAAGAGUAUGUGGCAAUCAUCGAAAAGGCAAAAGAAAGAAUUACCUUACAUACAAACGAAUACUAUGAUAGGGCAAAGAAGUUCGAAAAAGAUGUGCAGGAUUGGAAAAGUGUGACCAUGGCGAAAAUACGUGAUCUGAGGAGCAAAAUCGAGGCUAAAAAGCAGAGUACUGCAGCACUAAGUGAUCAUGAUGAGACUGAAACUAAUAAAAAGGUUGCCGAAAUACGUGAAAGAAAUGCUGGUUUGGAAGCACGUUACCAAGAGUUACUCGGACAUCUAGCAGAGAAAAAAGAAAAAGUGAACGAACUGCGGGCUCGACAUGCUGAAAUCAUUGAAAAGACAAAGCUUUUGGAAGUUGAGAUUUGUAAUUUAGAAGAUCCCACCGAACGCUUAGAUGAAGCUAAGAAGAGGAAAAUUGUGGCCGAAAAAAAUAAACAGAUAAUGCUUGAUAAACUACAAAAUAUGCGCGAAGAUUACAUUGCAAAAAUCGAAGAAAAAAACAAAUUAAUAACUAGAAAAUACGAAAUGGAUAAACGUGAAUCAAAAUUAUCAAGUAUUCGAGUUUUGGACGAAAAAAUCGAAAUACAGAAGCAGAAAAUCGAAGAACUAGAUAAAAAAAUUGCAGCGCCUGAACAAAAUGAAAAGUUGGAUAAAGUAUCGAAGGAGAAAGCAUAUUUGGAGGCUAGCAAAAUAUACCUAGAACAAAAGUAUGAUACAGCUAAAACCGAAGCUGACAAUCUGUCAAAUAGAGUAGAAGGCUUACGAAAGGAAGGAAACGAUAUCAAAGAGAAGAUAGCAGGAAAGCAGAAGGAAUUGUCUAAAAUAAAAACGGUUCUAGAGAUGUCAAACAACAACGUCGUUCAGCAGAAGCCUAGACUGAAUUACGGUAUCUUGAAACCGACCCAACGUCCCAAGUCUCCUGUGUCCCCCAAAAAAGUAACAUUCACAGGUGUUUCAUCAUCAGAAUCUAGCCAAGGCGAGGCAAACAUCCAACCACCAGCCCAGGGAAGCGUAUUUGAUACCCUACUGGCAGAUUAUAACAAGUAAAUUUCCAACAUUGAAAUCCUAUAUUUUUAAAAUGUGUUUAUUUUUCAACACUCCACAGAAAUCGUUACACCAUAAUAUUCAUUAUUAGUUUUAUUUUGAAAAAUACGUUCGUCCUAGAAUAACAUGUCACUGUCUUGCAUGAACAUGAACAAAAAAAUAGCACCUCAAGUUCAUAUAAAAAAUAUACUCCCAUACGAUGAAAUAGGCCCAUAAAGGGCGCUAAUGGAAAAUAGUUUUUCUCAAAUAAACUUUAAAUGACACUAUAUAAAAUGGCCCAUUUUGGCCAAUUUGCAAUAGCAGAAAUGUUCGACAGCACUGUUGUAAGGUUUGUGGGGAUCACCAAAAGGUGACCUCGACCAUGACCAUCAAGGCCAAGCCAAAAUUUCCAAAGGAAAUCUCCAUAUUUACCCUCGAAACAGAAAAGGCAGGAAAUUGAACGUCAAAAUGUGACCUUGAACUCAAAGUCAAGGUCGUGUCAAGCUCAAAUAGUAUUUGAGGUAAAGGUCAUAUUUGGAUGUAAAAUUUCCAUUUUACAUUUUCAUUAUGAAAAUGAGCGGUUUCUUUUGGGACUUUUGACGAACCUGUUAUAUGAAUUACUACAUCCAGAGCCAAAUUAAUAGGGCUGUAUUAAAACAAAAGUUCUUUUCAAAAAAAAGUCCAUUUCAUUGAUAUCGAACAAAACUACAUCUGUUUAGCUCAAAGAUCGGGCAUUCCAAAAAUGUUAUGUUUGGAUCAUUAUCUUCCAGGGUGCGACUAUUGCGUUGGGGUUAACCAACCCCGACGAUCUAUUGUACCUCACAUACACUAUUUUGUGAGGCCCCAACUUGUUACUAAGCUAACAAAACUUCGUUGAAUUCUACAGUGUCAUUCAAAAAGGAAAACAGAUGCCUAGUAGCGCCCUUUAGAUACACGCAUCUCCCCACAGGACAUUUUUUCAUAUGAACUUGUGGCAUUAUUUUGUGUGUUCUGCAUAUGAAAGAUUGACAUGUUAUUCUGAAAGACCCUGUACACCUCUAUAGCCUUCAUGAUUUUAUGUAGUGAUAAUGUGGGGUGUGUACUUUUUUCUCGUUAGUUUAUCCCCUGUUUUAUACAGGGUCGUGUGAUCUUGUUCAUGGUUAAAUUGAAAUAAUGUGUUUUAUAUGUGUAAGCUCAAUUUAUUAAAUUAUUGAAACUUUCAGCCUUAUGUAAGUUCCGAACCAUUUAAUAAAUAGUAUUUUGUACAAUAUGUAGAAAAUUAUUUUUUUCUCUUUAUAACAGGUGAACAAUUUUAUUUCAAAC